AUGGAAGAGAAAAAGGGCGGUAUAGCCACCUCCACCAAGACCGUGGGAGUGCGAGAAGUCUCGCCGGCUGGACAGGAUCCAGCCACGGCCUAUGAUGUUUAUCGAGGCCGUAGCCCAGGACCAUAUGUGCCUGGGACUUCCUGGAAUACUUGGUGGAGGUUGUUUCAGAACUUUCUGGCCUUGCGGAGAGUGACUGAUGAAGGCGAUAAGCGCCUCAUCUUUCUCCAAGAGGUCGGAGCUUCAAAUUAUGAGUUGUUAGAGUCCUUGUUGCAGGGUAAGGAACCAGAAACGGUCCCACUGAUGGAGCUGAGGCAAAGCCAUGGAGCAACAUUACUGAUGGCGGAACGUUUCGCACUGAUGUCGAAGUCACAGAAGGCCGGUCAAACCUUGCAAGAAUACUAUGCGGAGUUGCAGAAGGCUGCAGGUACAUGUGGGUUCGAAAAGGUGAAAGAUAUCCGGGAUACGAUGGUAGCAAUGGUGUUCAUAGGUGGGUUAGCUUCAGUUGAAACUAGGAAGCGGCUCUUAGAGAGAGAGGAGUUGACUUCAAAAGAGACGCUAGAAGCAGCCGAGGCGUUCGAGAGAGUAAGUAAGAACGCACCACAUCUGAAGCAAGGAAUCACGGAGGUAGGGGUAGCCACAGUGGCACCAAAGGAUACAAAAGCUGUAUCGAGAACGAGAGUAGAGAGACGAGAGUCGAAUAUGGUCCGCAGACCGGCGUCAAAUAGACCGGGGAUGAAGAGCAGGACCAGGACAGCGGACACGCGGUUGCGAACGCAGCCUUUGAGUGCGCAGCAGUGUUGGGUGUGCGGAGGCCGGGGACAUCUAGCAAAACAAUGCUUUCAUAGGACAAAAGCAUUCUGUGCGACAUGUUCACGGCCUGGGCAUUUACCCCAAGUUUGUCGGAUGAAGAAGUUCCCGACUAAAGUCUCCCGCCAAGUACAUUGGUGCGCGGAGCCUGACGAUUCUGAAGAUGAGGAGCUAACCGUGAGUACGGUCCAGGUAAGGACAUACCAGAAUCGUGCGCAUACCUCGCAGGAGAUACGGCAUACGCGAGAUGGUGAUAACGGCAAGUCGAUGAGCAUAGACGACCGACUGAAGGCGAGACAUAAGAUAGAAAUUGAACCAGCUAUCAUGCUUCCCUUGAUAGUAAAUGGAAGCACGGUUGAGUUUGAAUUAGAUACGGGAGCCUCGGUAUCAAUAAUCGAUGAAGCCACAUGGUUGAAGGUAGGCAAACCAGAAUUAAAGGAGACCAAAUUGGAAGCAAUGGCGUACAACAAUAGUCCCAUUAGCUUUGAUGGUAAGUGUAAAAUGAAGGUAGAGUUUGAGGGACGUUCUGAAGAGAUGGUAGUCUAUGUUUUACACACAGCCAACCACCCAUUAUGUGGUAGGGACAUGAUAAGGAGAUUGCAAAUCAACUGUGGACCAUACGUCAAGAGCAUAGAUCCAAAGUUGUGUUAUACGAAAGAACAGUUGCGAGAAAAGAUAAAAAGCAUACUACUCGCAAACCAGGUGCUGUUUCAGAAAGGAUUGGGUAAAUGUACGACGGCUAGGGUAUCGCUUAAGCUGAAGGAAGGGUUUGAGAAGCCCAAAUUUUGCCGUGUACGACCAGUCCCGAUUGCCCUGAGACCAAAAGUAGAAGCGAAGCUCCAGGAACUGGUGGAGAACGGGACAUUGACGAGAGUCGAACAUUCAGAGUGGGCAACACCGUUAGUGGUGGUCCCAAAGCCAGGAGGUAAAAUACGACUGUGUGGAGACUACAAAGUAACAGUAAACCCACAGUUAGAUAUCAAUCAGUAUCCCUUACCGAAACCGGACGAUCUGUUUCAUAUGUUAAACGGUGGGCAAAAGUUUUCCAAGAUGGAUUUAUCGGAUGCUUAUAUGCAGCUAGAAUUAGAGGCUGAAUCUAAGAAAUAUACCACGAUAAACACGCACAAAGGAAUGUUCGUCUAUAAUAGGGAGGUGUUGAAAAGAUUAAGAGAGGCCGGUUUCAGGUUGAAGCGGGAGAAAUGUGAAUUCCUCAAAGAAGAAAUGGAGUUUCUAGGACACAUUGUAGAUUCCAGAGGGGUUAGACCCUCGCCAAAGAAGGUUCAGGCCAUGGUGAAUAUGCCAGAACCAAAAAAUUUGAAAGAAGUUAUCCCAAAUUUGUCCACUUUAGCAGCACCACUUAACGAGCUAAGGAAAAAAGGAGUGCCGUUCCGAUGGGAAGAAGCGCAAAAGAGCGCAUUUAGAAAAAUCAAACAGCGAUUGAUGCAAGCAGAUGUUUUGACACAUUAUGAUCCUCAGAUACCCGUAGUAUUGGCAACAGACGCUUCCGAAUAUGGGUUAGGUGCCGUGGUAUAUCAUAAGAUGCCGGACGGUAAAGAAAAAGUGAUAGCGUAUGCGUCACGAACGUUAACAAAGGAAGAGAAAAAUUAUUCCCAGAUAGAAAAAGAGGCGUUAGGUAUAGUAUAUGGGGUGGAGAAAUUUAACCAAUUCUUGUACGGACGUAAGUUCACAUUGUUAACAGACCAUCAGCCACUUGUGAAAAUAUUUGGACCCAAAAAUGGCAUACCAACAAUAGCAGCGAAACGCUUGCAUCGUUGGAGUCUCCGCCUGAUGAUAUACUCAUUCGACAUUGAGUACAGAAAGACCUCCGAAUUUGGAAAUGCGGAUGGGUUAUCUAGAUUACCGGAUCCGAGAGAACUGCCGAGUUCGGAAAUGGUGAUCGAUGAAGUGGCAGAGAAACAGAUGAUGGCUGAAACUUGGGAGGAAAUUAUUUUAAAUGAAGAUCAGGUGGCUAAGGCGACCCAGGAGGACGAGACACUGCGGAAGGUGCAUACUUAUGUAAUGCGGGGCUGGCCACAAAAGAUCCGGGAAAAGGAGUUGAAGCCUUAUGAAAAGUGCAAAACAGAAAUUAAUGCGUAUAAGGGCUGCCUAAUGCGAGGCAAUCGAAUAAUUAUUCCUUAUAGAUUCCGGAAACGGGUGUUAGAGAUUUUGCAUUGUAGCCACUAUGGGAGGAAUAGCGUUGGCUAG